AUGAACGGCGAACAACACAGCUCUGAUAACAACGACGUUGAUCUCUACGAGAUCCUCGGCGUCCCACGAGAUGCCUCCCAGGCCGACAUAAGAAAAGCCUACCGCAAGGCCGCCCUCGCCAAUCAUCCUGACAAAGUCCCGGAAGACCAAAAGGAAGAAGCUGAAGCUCGCUUCAAGGCUGCGAGCCAGGCCUACGAAAUCCUGUACGAUGACGAAAAGAGGCAGCUCUACGACAGACAUGGCAUGGCCGCAUUUGACAGCUCAAGAGGAGGUCCCGGCGGCAUGGGUGCAGAAGUCAACAUGGAAGACAUCUUGAACAUGUUCGGCAUGGGCGGAGGCAUGCCCGGCAUGGGAGGGGCACGCAAGAUGCGACGGAGUCCCGAUGAAAACCAGAAAUACGAGGUGACUUUGGAAGACCUGUACAAGGGCAAGACAGUGAAAUUCUCCAGCACAAAGAACGUCAUCUGCUCCAAGUGCAAUGGCAGCGGUGGUGUCGAGAAGGCCCAACCGAAGGAAUGUUCAACCUGCAAGGGUAAAGGUGUCAGGCAAAUCCUCAGCCAGGUUGGUCCGGGAAUGUUAACUCAACGGAUGGUCGAGUGCGGUGCCUGUGAAGGAACCGGCCAGGUCUGGAAUCCCAAGGACAAAUGCAAGAAAUGCAAGGGUAAGCGGGUCACGGAAGAACGAAAACAACUCGAACUCUACAUUCCUCGUGGCGCCCGGGAAGGAGACCAGAUCAAACUCGAGGGCGAGGCAGACCAGGUCCCGGGCGCGGAGCAGACGGGAGACAUCAUCUUCCAUCUCGUUGAACUUCCGCACGAAACCUUCCAACGCAGCGGCAACGAUCUCACCGCGAAACUCCCCAUCACUCUGGGCGAGGCUUUGACCGGCUUCCAUCGUGUCGUCCUCAAGCAUCUUGAUGGGCGGGGCAUCGAACUCAACCAUCCUCAAACACCCGGUCAGAUCCUUCGACCGGGUGAAGUCCUUAAGGUCCGCGGUGAAGGUAUGCCUUUGAAGAAGAGCGACGCCAAAGGCGAUCUCUAUCUACUCGUCGAAAUCGAGUUCCCCCAGGACGGAUACUUCUCCGACCCGGCGGCCUUGGAGGCUCUGCAGAGACUGCUUCCACCACCACCUCCACCGAUCGAGGCCGAGGAGGCUGAUGAAGUCCCCUUCGAGGUUGCUGAUAUUGAGGAGAUCGGCGGUCACGAGGGCCAUGAUGGUUGGGAAGACGACGAUGGUCCUCAACAGGCUCAAUGCCAGACCCAGUAA